AUGUCUUUGUUUGUUUCCAACCUCUCUGACCUGUUAGAACAGAACCUGCUGCUGAGGUUCGUCCACUGCUGUGCUGCCUCUGAGGUCCAGCAGGGGGCAGCUGUCAACCUGCUCAGGGCCGUGCAGCACAGACUGGACCUGUCCUGCUCGUCCUGUGUGGAGCUGCCACAGGAGGGUCAGAGUGAGACUCUCAGUCUGACUGCUGAGGACUGCAGGGCCGUCUCCACCAUCCUGAGACGCAGCAGCAGGAAAACACAGCUGGACCUGCAGGACUGUGAGGUGGAGGACAGCGGGCUGGACCUACUGCUUCCUGUCCUAGACGGAGUCCGCCUCAGAGCCAGUAAAGCUGUCCUCCUCCAGCUGGUGUCCCUGGUUCCUGUGAGCAGUGAGAGGGACGCAGUGAGACGAGCAGUGUCCCUGUGUAGAGCCCUGGGUGGAGAGCUGGACCUCAGUCACACCACACUGGAUCAGAGGACCUGUGCAGGUUUGGCCCAGAUGCUGGACUUCUCUGAAGUGCUGACAGAGCUGGACUUGAGUCACUGUGAGCUCACUGACCAGCUGCUGCUCACGCUCAUCACACAUCUGCACAAAGUCCAAGUCCUGGAUCUGAGUCACAAUAAGAUCACUGAUGCUCAGCUGACAAUGCUAACUCCAACUGGUCUCCCUCAACCCGUGUCCAUCCACACUGUG